AGCUGUCAUCUACGUAGAAGAGAAGGGAAGGACAUAACACGACAUGGAGCGAAACUUUCCGUUGUACAGUUAGUUAUACAUGCGUCUUAGCUUCCUAAAAGGAUACCAGGAUUUUUGUCGUUAUUCCUAUGUACCACGUUAGCGCUUUCUUUCGUUUCGACGCCUUGAACAAACAGUGACUAGUUAACCGGCUAACUUAGCUUAGCUAGUAACUGACAGUAACGGUUCUAACUGACAGUAACGGUUAAAACGGCUGAGUUCAAACAGAAAGCCUCCACAUGGCGUUAAUCCUGUUUACCAGGUCUCGGGCACCUUUAAUGAAAACGUCCAGGUCGUUAAAAAGCGAAUUCAGGAAAGGUAAAGGGAAAGUACAAGAUGGAGCCUGUUUCAACUGCACAGCGCUCAGACUCUCCAGUCAAAAAUUCGAUGGGCUCCGACUUGGCAGUUUGUCCCAGGUCUCUUCAGUCAGUCCUUCCCUCCCCCUGUCAGAUGUGGGCCCCUGCCAGAACCCGGACUCACAGCGCCUCUACUGUGCUUUUGUGUCGGGGUCCUCCUCUUCACCGUACCCUGCAAUCACAACGGGGCCCCAGUGGACGAUAGCACGACCACAGGACAUCCCUGGUGUUCGGUGGAUACACACCUCGAGGAGGAGAUGGGACGACUCCAAGGUGGAGAAGUCGCUGCGUUCGUUAAAGGACAAGAAGAAGAAGAUGGAGGAAGGAGGGCCGGUGUACAGCCCGACGCUGGAUGCAGCACCUGUGAGAAGGACGAUCCGACAGUGGGUUGUAGACGAAGUCAAGCACUACUACCACGGCUUCAGGCUGCUGUGGAUCGAUACCACCAUCGCUGGGCGAAUGCUGUGGAGGGUGCUGAACGGACACCCGCUGUCCCGCCGCGAGAGGAGACAGUUCCUCAGAACGUGUGCCGACGUCUUCAGACUUCUUCCCUUCCUGGUGUUCAUCAUCGUCCCCUUCAUGGAGUUCCUGCUCCCCGUAGCUCUGAAGCUCUUCCCCAACAUGCUGCCGUCCACCUUCGAGACACAGUCAAAGAAGGAGGAGAGGUUGAAAACGGAGCUGAGAGUCAAACUGGAGAUGGCCAAGUUCUUGCAGGACACCAUCGAGGAGAUCGCUCUGCGGAACAAGGCGGCUCAGGGGAACGUCACCGAGGAGUUCUCCACCUUCUUCCAGAAGAUCCGGAACUCCGGGGAGCGUCCCAGUAAUGAGCAGAUCAUCAAAUUCUCCAAACUGUUCGAGGAUGAGCUGACUCUGGACAACCUGACCCGACCUCAGCUGGUGGCUCUCUGCCGUCUCCUGGAGCUCCAGUCCAUCGGGACCAACAACUUCCUCCGCUUCCAGCUCAUCAUGAAGCUGAGGGCCAUCCGUGCAGACGACAAGCUGAUUGCAGAGGAAGGGGUGGAGAGUCUGAACGUGAACGAGGUGCAGUCAGCCUGUCGCGUCAGAGGGAUGAGAUCUCUCGGAGUCACAGAAGAGCGACUGAGAGAGCAACUUGUCCAGUGGCUGGAGCUGCAUCUGAACCAGCAGAUCCCCACGUCCCUGCUGCUGCUGUCCCGAGCCAUGUUCCUCCCCGACACCCUUUCCCCCGCCGACCAGCUGAAGACCACACUGCAGACGCUGCCUGAAAUGGUGACGAAGGAGGCCCAGUUGAUGGUGGCAGAGAUGGAGCUCUCCUCCAAAGUGGACAACAAGGCCAAGCUGGAGUCCACGCUACUGGAGGAGGCGGCCAUACGCCAGGACAACAAGGACAGGGAGAUGGAGAGGUUGGCGGACGCUGCAGAGAAGGCUGCCAGGGAGGGUGAGGAGUUUGAAGCAGAGAAGGUUAAAGCCGACAUGGCUGCUCAUUCAGAGAUACUGAGGGAUACCGCACCCAUCAUAGAAGGAAUCAAGUAUGAACAAUGGCAGACAUUCCUGCGCUACCAGGGUGAGGAGAUCACCAAAGAGGAGAUCGACCUGUUGAGUGAUGCGUGCUCAAAGCUGAAGGACCAGAAGAGGCUGUUGACUCUGGAGAAAGAAGAGCUGGAAGAACUGAAGGAUGAUGUCCAGGAAUACAAUGAGGAUCUCGAGGAGAUAAAGAAGGAGCUCUCUAAGACGGGCCAAGAGAAGGCGCUUGAGGAGUCGAAGGCGAGCCAGCGUCUGUCUAAGAGAGUGAACCGCAUGAUCGGUCGCAUUGACAAGAUCAUCGGGGAGCUGGAGCAUGACAAGGUCAUCCUGGACGGGCAGAUGGACAGUGGAGCCACUCCACCUGUCGGUCUGUUCUACACCUUCAGGGAAAACCUCGUCAGCAUCGACGAGCUCAUCGGCAUCAUGCGGCAGAUCCAGAACAUUCCAGAGCAGAAGCUGCAGAGCAUCGCCGAGGCGCUCGACGACAACAAGGACGGCAAGAUCGACAUCGACGACGUCAUCAAAGUGGUGGAACUGAUCGACAAGGAGGACAUCGACAUCUCCACCACUCAGGUGGCCGACAUCAUGGUGAUGCUGCAGAAGGAGGAGAAGCUGAUAGAGAAGGAAAAGGCCAAAGAGAAGGCUGAGAAGGAGCAGGCAGCCACAAUCAACAGCUAACUCCUUUUCCCAUAAAGACACAUAGCACCUGUAAAAAAAAAAAAGAAAAUGAAAGACCACUGAGAAGAUUGUACCCGGUCACAGAAACCUCUGGAUCGUUGUGGACAACUCGACAUACGAGGAGAGAGGUAACAUCUGCCUUCUCAAAAAUGUCUUUUCACCAUCAAUUUAAGCUCCUAAAAAAUGAAUUGUUAUAAAAUUAAAAAAAGGCAUAUUGCCUGUAAACCGCACAAAUCAAAAAGAAACUUAAAUUGCCAUGAUGUUAAACUCUUCUGGACUGAUCAUGUACUAUAUGUUGAUAUUUGGUUUUGUGUAAUUUUACUCAAUAAUUUAUUAACAGAGGGAACACGAUGACAUGGUUGUUCUCCCAACUUAGAGUAAGAGAUGGAAAAUUGAUCAAAAAUAAUUAGGAGAAUUAUUGUUUAAAGUUUGAGGUGAACCGUCUUGCCUUUCAUGUCAUUUAUGUCGUCAUCUCAGAGAAAUGAGAGAUCAUUUCUGGACUUUGCACAGUAAAAAAUCAUCGUCAUUACCAUAAUUUCACUCCGUUUAUUUCCCUCUUUUUGAUUUUGUUUUUUAAUAUCAUACUCCCAUAUUGUAAAGUAACUUGAUUUGUACUUGGACAGGGUAGCUUAUUGCUGGCUAUAGGAGGAGAGAAUGGUGGCUGCAACCAAAUAUAUAAUUAAAAACUACCUAGAAAUCAAUAAAAUGUGAGUUUAAAGUGUUGAAUUAAAAACAUGUAUUCAUUAUAACAAAAAAAAUCAUAGCUUUAAGAUAAUCAUUCCCACAAAACAUAAGUAAAUGGAGGACUGAAAUGCAAAAGACUGAAGUUAGCAACACUUACUUCAAUAUUAAAAAUGAAUGUACUGUAAUUUCUUUUAAUUUUGUACUUAUUACAUAAUAAUCUUUUUGUCUAGCGCUUCAUAUCUAUUCCUGUUGUGUUUAAUAGAUCUCUGUAAAAUGCCAAAGUUGCACUGUGGCACAUUUAAUAACAGCAACAAAGCAACAAACAAACCAGUUCAGACUGACAGUGAGGCUCAUAAUCAGUAAAGGGACACGAGAAACAGCCCGCCGAUCAAAUAUCGGUCAGUUGUUGCUGUGACAAGUGGUAGAGUUAGAUUUUUUUUUUACUAGUUUCUGUUUCAGGAAGUAUUUGUCAGGUGAAAGUGACCUGUUGAAUGUUAAUGUUGAGAAUGUAAAAGGGAAAAUUCACUGCCUUUUAUGUGGAUGUCCAAUCAGUGUUGAUGGUAAAAGUAGUCGAAUGAAGCAAUAAAUUCCUCAGUGUGUGCUAUAAUGACCGAGAAAGCUGAGUUCUCCUGCUCAAGGAGCCGUGCCGACAGCGCCUACAUGUUACCAGGAUGCAUUGCGUGCAUUGGAGUCCCGCCGGCCAUAUCCUCUUGCUCGGCCUCUCUCCGCUGCAUUUCUUCUGCCGUAUACUCUGGCUUGAAUAAAUACAGCUGAAUAUCCGAAUCAGCAAAAACACUGUAAAAUGCGUCCAUAACAUCCACUGCAUUUGUAUUUUGGGAUGCCGUUUUUCCUGCUGUUGGAAACGUGGCUAGUUUGCAAAACAAGCGAAGAGAGCAAGGUAGUUCUGUUUUUGGUUACCCAGAGAGGGAGACUGUAGUUCUUCCUUACAUCCAACUACUGACACUGUCACGUCAAAUAAUGGCGCUGGAUUCAGGAACAGAUUUUACAGCUGAGAACUCAGAUUUCUGGGUCAAUAUAUCAGCACUGAAGAAUUUAUUGCUUCAAUUCACUACAUUUACCGUCGAAACUGACCGGAAAUCCACAUAAAAGGUGGCAAAUUUUCCCUUCAAGUAGUUUAUUUUGUGCACAUGUAGUCUUGACCUCCAUAGUUUAAAUGCAAAGUGGCCUUCCCUUGAUACAGACAUUAUGGCUCAUAUACUGUUGUAUAUUUAUUAUUGAGUAUUCUAAGGAGAGGAGAUGGUAGCGCUCUGGUAUUCUUUUCACUGAGGAUUUACUUGAUGUAAUUUAGUUUUGGGCUGAAGAAGUCUGAAUGUAGAUGUAGGUGGUUUGAGGCAUAUUUAAACUGAGUCCUCAGUUUGUUUGUUUUAUUUGCACCGUAGCGACGAACGUGUGAAACAAGGACGAAGAGAUGAUUAUAGAUAAUAUUCGAGUCAACUUACGCUGACAUUUACAUUCACCUCGCUGCCUGUUGGCCUUCAUUCAACUGUGUUCACACUGCAAGCUGCUUGUCCAUUUUGUUUUUGACAACAUAUUCCAAAUAGAGCUGCAACUGAUGAUUAUUUUAAUUACAUUUGAUUCAUUUUGUUUAAUCGUUUAGUACAUAAAGUGUCAAAAAAACUGAGAAAAAUGCCCAUCAUAAGAGACUAAGGGGACGUUUUCAAAUUAUUUGUUUAGUUUGGCAAUACCCAUUAUCUUUGGGUUUAAUUUACACUGAGAUAAAACAGAGAAAAUCAGCUCACAUCAAUUCUCACAUUUAUGAAGUUGGAACCAGCUAAUGUUCAGUAUUAAUAAAUGAUUUAGUGAAGUAAUAGGUAAUCAGAAUUUAAUUCCAGCACUAAUUUCAACCAAUGUUGGUUAGUGCAAAGAAGCUGCAAUCGUUUUGGCUUUUCAUUUUUUUUGAAGCUAUAUUUGACAUUUGUAACGUUAAAAUAAUCUGAUUAAACUUAAUGAAUUGAUUAAUAUGAAAAAAAAUCGUAUUUUACAGCUUAACUGACCUCAGCGAUAAGUUCAUACUCCAUGCUUGGUUUUUAAGACAUUAAAUUUAGUUGUCUAGCAAUUAAAAGUCUUAGUGGGAAAAACUGUGAAGAUUUGAAUGGUGGUGUUCAGUUUCAAAUGAAUUUAGCUCUUGCAAGUCAUAUCUGUUGUUCAUGAAUUAAAAUGAAAUUGUGGGCACAGUUUGCCAGUUGUUUGUCAAGUAGCUUGCAGUGUGAACCCACAGUAAAGAGUUGAUCCACAUGUUGAAUUGAAUGUUGGGCAGUUUGUGGUUGCAGUCAUCCCUCAGUUAUUCCUCCAUGGUAACCAGAGAAGAGCUCAGGUGUAAACGUUAGAAGACAAAGUGAUACUUGAGAUAACGCCGAGUGGACGACGCUCCGUUUUAAUCCAUUCCCGGAAUCCGCCGUCGUACGUGUGGGAUGAUUAAGAGCUUGUUCGUCUCCUCCAUCAGGCACCGUCCCAGUUCCGACCCAAGCGUUGCCUGCUCUGCCUGGCCUGGCCUGGGACCAGUCAAGACUGAUGGGUGCUGGGUAAACACUCGCCCCAUACAUGGGGCCAAAGCCAGCUCUGCUGGAGGGUUGUGUUUAGGUUAGAGACGAUCCGGCGGGACAUGGCAUGCUCUCCGCCGCAUAAAUCAGGCUGUCGGUGUAAACACGUCACAGCGGCGUUGUGACAACUUCUCGAUUACACUCGGCAGGAGAGAGUGGUGUUUGUGUCCCCGGAGCGCUGUGUACAUUAGCUGCACUGCCACUGUUUCUAGGCAUGGAAGGGUCAAAGGUCAGAGGGGGGAAGAUGAAUGACAGUGAUGAAUACCAGGGCAUGUAAGGGUGACAGAGAUCAACACUUAAAGGGCCAGUGUGUAGCAUUUAGGGGGAUCUAUUGGCAGAAAGUAUUUGAUAAGUAUGUUUUCUUUAGUGUAUAAUCACCUGAAAAUAAGAACCGUUGUGUUUUCGUUACUUUAGAUUGAGGCGUUUAUAUCUACACACGGAGACGGCCGCCAUGUUUCUACAGUAGCCCAGAACGGACAAACCAAACACCGGCUCUAGAGAGGGCAAUUCACGUUUCCACGUCGGCCAUCGUGGUUGUCCUACACGCUCGGCACACGGGAGAAGUUUCAGUUGGUUGCAAUCUGCAACCUCACAGCUAGGUGCCACUAAAUCCUACACACUGCACCUUUAAAGGUUCCAGUUGCAGGUCCAGAAAGGUUUGAAAUUGAGUUUAAAGGUGUUGACGCAGAAGGUUCUCCAGGAAACAAUACAUUAAUCUGUUCAUAAUUUAGUCUAUUAAAUUCGAGAAAAGUGUGGAAAAAUGCCCCACUGGACGUCUUUAAACCUUGUUUUGUCGAAAAACACAAAGAAAUUUAGUUUAAAAACAGAGAAAAGAGAUUUCUUUGAAUAGUUUUGAAGUUCAAAAACUGUAUAAAAUCUAAAGAUAUCCAAUAUACAAACAGACAGAGGCUGGAAUCAGACUUUACUUUAUUAAUUACUCAAAACAAUUUAAAAAUGUUUUUAUAUUCUCACACGUUUUGUGCUACUGCAGGCCUGCACUAUCACUCCAUGCUCUGGUAUAUAUAUAUUCAUAUUUCAGCCAUACAGUUGGUGAUAUAAUGUGACGUGUCAUAUUUCCCCUCAUGCUACCAGGAUAUGAUUAUGAUGUAUGAAAACCUGUCAAAUGCAUUCAAGAAAUCCUGGAAAGAAAUAAUUCCAUUUUGAAAUGGAGACAGACAGGCCUAAAACUAAAAUAAUAUGUUUGCUUAUAUUUCCGAAACGCAGACGUCUGCAGCCGUGCGGCGGUCGUUUGUGAUUGUGUCGUCUGUGUUUGGCUGCAGUGUGAGUGAGGAGUGGAGCAGAGUUCACCGCUGGCAGCACUGUUGCACUAUGUUUAAAACAAGUCUACCUAACGGAGGAGGAGGAGAGGAGAGGAGAGAUACAGUCGACAGCAAGCUUAAAUAAGUUGUUUUUCAAUGUAAACAAAGUCCAGUAGUCAAAGAGUCUUGCUUUUCUUUUGGUGACUUUAAUUUGAAGAAGAAAUGGACGAUUUUAGCUCGCUGUCGUAAUCCUUUGCCUGUCCUGUGCUGAGUGUCGCCGCUGUGUAAAUGCACUAUUCAUUGUUGAUAACAGUAGGUGUGUGUGUGUGUUAACUGUUCGGACUCAGGGUGUGAUUGUUGGUUUGAUCAGAGCUGAAAAAGCACGUUGAGAUCUAUGAACUCAACAAAACCGUCCUAAAAGAAUCCAGCUGAGUUAGGAGGAGACUACGUUGUGGAUCUCGUGUACUAGAAGAACAAAUAUUUAAAGCAAUAAGUGGAGUGCAUUAUGUAUUGUUUUAGAAAAGAAAUGGAGUCCUCAUGCUGCCAGCAAGAAAAUAAGGGUGCUAUAUAACUAAAGAUGUUUGGAUUCUGCUUCUCUUCUUGCUGAUAUUCUGCUUAUUUGAGAGUUGAUGCACUUGUAGAUGAUUAUUUUUUUAGGACAGAUGUACCCACUUUUUCCACUAUUGUUUGCACUUAUCACUAGAAGAAUGCUACUUUUUUUGUAGGAUGUAUACAAAUAUAUGAGUUUUUCUCUUGAGGUGGAAGUACGGAGAACUGUUGAGUUGCAGAGAAAAAGGCAGGUGGAGACUGAAAACAGGGUCAGCAACGUUUUUUAAAGUCAAGGAAACAUGAUGAGGAGUCAGAGUGAGUCUGCUUCUACAGAUAGAAACUUAAAGGAGCAGCUCAGACCUAUUUCAGGUCUGGAAACCAAAACUGAAAUAGGUCUAGAAAACUGUAUUUAACUGCAUUUUAAAUAAUAGUGCAGCCACCAUCGUUUUACACUUGUUAUUCUAAAGGUGUGUUCAGGCAGAAACUCCGGAUCUUUCUGUUAUUUCGCUCCACUCUCUCAUCUUUCAGAUUCAUAAAACCCUGGGAUGAUAUGCGAUAAUUGCGAUAAUUGCGAUAUUGCGAUAAACGGAGAUGGAGAGACGUGAUUUGACAUGAAACAAAUGCACUUCACUCUGUCUGAACACACAGUUAAGAGUUAUUUUCAGCUUGGGAAUGUUUAAAAGCCUUGUGUUGCGCAGUCACUAUGAUAUUAAACCCCAAACAACGUUUUCAAAUGUACUCUAGAACCAAAAAAUAGGAAUCCAGUGUUGAUCUUUCGAGGUUUUAAAUAACAUCAGGAAAAAAUCUCUACUCAGUUUGAAAGGUGAGGCUACAUUUUCUUUAUGCAAUUAUAUUUGAAAUGUAAAAAAAAAGAUAUUAGUUAUUGAAUCAAUAUAAUAAGAUCUAGCCUACUGGAGUUUUUGUUUUAAGCUAAUUGUUAUUGUUAUUUAUUUAUUUAUUUAAUCAAAUUUUCCCAAAUUGUUUUUUUUUUUCAUCCUAAUGUGGAGAUGUUCUUUAUUAAGAAAUGAUCGGGAACUGGAUUUGAUUUUAGUUGAACUUGACUCUCAAAUGUAUGAAAAUAAUCUUUUUUUUAAAACACAUGUAAAGAAAUAUAAUUUACAACAUGAAUCAUAAAUGUUGAAUAAAUUCCGGAUGAUCCUGGAUUCUUUUUUGUUUGAUUUUUUUCUUGUUUUACAUCUCAUAUUUCCCAUCGCUCAUCCUACGUCACUCAUCACGUCCACCGAGCCAUUCUCUGUUAUUUCUCAUCUCAAACCUUCAUUCCUGAGUCCUCACCAGUCUCACCACACUCGCUGCCAUUCCCCCCCCCCCCCCCUCACACUCAGCCUCCGUAUUCGGCCGCUGGAAUGCAACCAGACUUUUUUUUUUAUUCCCAGCAAAAAUGUUAACGUCUGUGUGUAAGCGGUUAUUUUAACAGACUGAAGCAGGAUACAUAAACGCAUAAAAUAUCUGGUUUUUAACCCUUUACGUGCACUGAUCUUCCUGUACUGGGUGCAGGGAAGCAAACAGGCAGCGGAUACUAACUUUUUGCAGGUUUAUGUUGAAUAUUAUAAUCAUUUGUCGCGGCUCUCUUCCUCUGAAAUAAUAUUCAUCUGAGAUCAGUUCAGUCAAGAGACUCACGUCAUGAAUUUAACCAUUUAUUGCAACAAUAUGCAUUUUAUUUUGGCAGUGUGACUCUGCUCAUGUGAUGCUCUGGAACAGAUCUGAGCGUCCCUGAGCUAACAAACCGCCCUGACAGAACACAUAUUUAAAGAAACUGUCUGAACAAACUAAUGAAAAUGAAACCCAGUCACCAAAAGAGGUCUAGAAACAUGUCGACCUGAACCUGCCGGAAGCUGCAGACACCCUGUAAAUAGGCAGUUAAACGUUUCCCCACUUUGUUCAUGCUUCCAUCCUUCAUCACGUCUCUGCAGAGAAUCAAAGAUAUUUGCGCCUCAGUCAGCACAGUAAAUGGGUAUCGGGGGGUUUGUCUGGGCUGCCUGUCAGGAUGGUGAAGUGUGUCUGUAGCCGGCGUUUCAGGCCUGCAGCCUCUAAAGGGGCGAAGAGGCACAUUGAUUUCAGGAAGUGUGAGCUGUCUGCUGCAGGGAGAUUUUAGAGAUACGAUAUUCUGAUGAGGAGGUGUUGAGGGAGAAAAAAAGGCUUUAAAAACACAAAGAUGUUGACAGUUUAGUGUGUGCAGGUUGUAAUUGGGUUCAUGUCGAUGUAAAGUCUUGAAUCCCUUUUAUUUUUUUGACUGAAAAAUAUCAGUAUGAUGCCAGAGGUCGGCUGCCUUCAGGGUUUUUGUGAGAGUGUCUGUGUGAGAUGAAAUGUGGUGCAGUUGUGUCUCAUUCAAUUUUACUGAUUGUGUUUUUGAAAGAUUUCAUAUGAGGAGGUUAGAGAGGAAGUUUUUCACUGGAAAUCAAAGUAUUUACUCUGAAACUGACUUGUUCUGGUGUUGCAGUGAAAGGUUUUUAAAACUGGAUUUAUAGAUAAAUAGUAUAUUUAUAGGAAUGUAUUUAUAGGAGGUUCAGAAGUACUUGACUAUACAGGAAAGAAAUAUAUAUAUUUUAUAGAAGCACAUCACUGUAGGAGGCUAAGUGGACCCCAGAAAUGCACAAUGUUUGCACAGUAUAUGUUUUGUAGAUAGGAAGUAGAGAGGUUUUAUUGUAUAUGAGAUAAAAAAGGGAAGUUUUUGAAGUUAUUUAGAAAUUGAUUCGUUGUUUUCACAGACAGGAUUCUGCUAAUUUAAACCGCUGGGUUUAGAUUAUAUCUGGUUUGGAAAAUGUAGGAGGGAUUUCAUGAUGAGUCUGAGGGGCAUUUUGUCCCAGAAUUUCCCUACAUGAUGUCUAAAUGCUGUUUAGACAUGCAAGGAAAAAUACUGGAUUAUUUCAUGUAUUAAUUCUUUAGUCUAAAAAUAAUCAUAUUUAAAGUUGCUGGUGUCAGGGUAACGAGGAGUGGGACGCAAUUGAACCGACCAGAGGAAUCCACAAGCCACAAAAAUCGCAAGUGAUUGAAGGGGAGAGAGGAAACACCAAAUAAAAAUGAGCUGAAAAAAGAAACCCUGCCCUCACUAAGCAGCACUCUAACAGACUGAGCCUGAAGAGAAACAAACAGAAAACGGUGAGCAAAUCAUGCACAUAGGUUCACGUGGUAACUUCUGCCAAUACACAGCUAGAUGAGUCAGCAUCUGAGCACCAGAGAACCAGGGGUAGAUAAAGGCUUCACACACCUGAUCCUCAUCAGGGUUAAUUAUAGGCUCCCACAGCUGCUCCUCCUCACACAUAAUUAACCCAACCAGCUCCUCACAGCUGGCUCUUUAAAAAGGUUUGUUCUAAAGUCUCUUAAUUACAUUUAUACACUACUAAUUUACCUGUCUUGUAAGCUGUUAUUAAUGUCCAAACACUAAUUUGACACGAUCACUCCAUUUUUUUUCGUCUUUUGUUUCCGUUUCAGCCAUUUUCCAUCUUUUUCAUCCCGAUAUUAAAGAUUUCGCACAAAUUAAAUGAACUUUUCUAAAGAUCUAAUAAAUAAUAGGCUUUUUAGAAAAAAAAUUAAGUGUAAUUGUUAGAAGUUUGAUAAAUAUGGGCUCUGGGUAAGAUGUUUACAUGAAUAAAACAUAACGGAGAAACUAUUUAAAGGGGACAUAUCAUGAAAAACUCACUUUUUUUCAAUGCUUGUGGACAUACUGUAUAUUUGGGUAUCUGAAGUUCCAUGCACAUGAAUGGAUGAACAUUACGUUUUUACUAACAUUACGUUAAUCUUAAUGUUAAAAACCCAAAACACAAGUAUGAACCUGGAAAUGAGCAUGAUAUGUCUCCUUUAAGAUGGUCAGUUAUUUGAAGGGGUUUGAAGAAGGUGAGUUUUCCUCUGAGACUCCAUUAAGUGGACACUUGAAACAGCAGAUUGAGGCCCUAACGGCUAUAUAAACUGCUCUUUUUUAAUGUAAAUAAGUUAAGGAGCUCGCUGUGCAGCAGUAAGUACCAUCGCUGACUGCAUGCUCAAGAAGACAUAACCAUUUAAUGGGUUGCAUGCCAGUUUACUGAUCCAAAUGGUGUAUCGGUAGUCUGUAAUGUUUUGUAAGUCUCUUUUUCUGAUGUUGGAUCACUGCUGCUGCUGCUGCUGAGAAACAAACACCCACAGACUGUCAUCCUGUAUAUCUCAGUGUUGAGACUCUCCUCCUAGUAGCUCCUGGUAGCUGUGAAGUUUUCUCAAAUAUGUAAACUGACUGGACCGGACUGCUUCUCUCAGAGACUCUGCUCCUCAUGAACUGUUAUAACUCGAGAAGAAGAAGAAGAAGAAGAAGAAGAUGUGACUUGUUUUGACACACAGCUGAUGUCCUCUCAGCUCAAAUGCCAUGUCAUCACAGGUGCUCCAUGCUUACGUACUGUAACGUUUUCUCUUAUUUCCUCUCCGUUUUUCUGUAACAUCAGUGCCUCAUGGGAAUCGUUUUAAUUCUGGCGCAGCGUCCUGUGUCUCUGCUGUUGUUUCCAGUUUGGGUUAUUUUUGUAAACACAUUAAUUGUUAACAUCUUGUUGUUUUGGGUCCCAAAAAAUUUGAUUUUGGUUUCAGUGAACUUUUAUGUUAAUUUCUCAUUUCCUCCAGAGCAGCGAUGAUGUUUUUUUUGUGUGUUCUGAGGGCGAAAUGUCAUUUUAGAAGUUACAAUUUCAUAAAAUUAAGGCACAAAAUAUGAUUUCCCACUCAGUUGUGCAUCAACAUUAUGUUUGUCGGGCCUGAAGAUUAACUUUGAAGUUCUGUUUAGACCGAAGCAGUUUAAAAAAUAUGGGUUAAAAUACAAAAUUGAGAUUUCUUCCCACUCAGCUUUCCUGGAAACAAAGCUUUUGAAAAAACAAUGUUAAUAUUUUACAAUUUAGAAGAAGGCAAUGCAACUUUCUUUCAUUCACAGAGGCAAUUCAGAGUGUUUUAUAUAAGUACAUGCAUUAGAAUAACACAAUUAAAUGGGAAAAAAUAAUUUAUUUGAAGUGAAAUAAAAAAAAAAAAGAUUAAAUAAAAGACCAGGAAACAUAAUUCUACAUACAUCCACAUCACAAUAAACCAACAGGAAAAAAGCUGAAGGGUCAAAUCUGCAAUGUCAAGAGAACUCACUGUUCUUGUGAACUUUGGGUUUAUAUCUUGCAGUAACAAACAGCCUUACAACUGGAAACAGUAUCACUACUCACUCUGCUGCCUUCAGUGCCUCUUCUCCAGUACAUUCAAGGAAAACAAUGAUCUACCAUUAAUCUUUUUCUAUUUACAUUGCAUAGUCUUGGUAUUUAGUUUAAUUUCAGUCAGUUGUCAGACUGUACUAUCUUACUUAUAGCUGAAUUAACUGUUGUUUUUUGGAACUGACACUGAUACACUGAUAUAAUAACUUUAUAUUAUAAAGCACUUUUCAGAAACAAGUUAGUGCUUUAAAAAAGACAUAAAAAGCAACACAAAUGAACAGGUAGUAAUAAAUACAAAUAGAGUUUAUACAGUAAAAAUGUCUGUGAAUGCAAGGUAUGAAGUACUUAAACACAAGUAGAAUAAUACCAGAAGAGUAUUUGAUUAAGAGAAAGCAAUUAUGAAAAAGAUAAAAAGAUAUAUAUCACCUUAUAAUGUUGUUAUUGUGAAGCAAAUGUUGGCUAUUUACACAUCCAGCAACACUAGCAUUAACAUUUCUAGCCUCCUGAUGAAUUUAAGUCCAAUAUUCACUUUCCUUUUAGCUCAGUUUUUGGUCUCCACCAACUCUUGAGAAAAAUAUCUGUCUUUUUAUCAGUUAGAUGCUCCAUUAUGUUCAUCUAUUAGUAUCUAACUGUGUCUGGGUUUAUUAGAGCUUAUUUGCUUUAAACAGCAGCUUGAAGCGACGUUAAUGAGAGCGGAGUUUACAGCCCGUAAAAAAACAAAACAAAUCAUCCAAAAGAGACUAAAAGGAGACUGCAGAGCUGGGCGAUAACUCUCUGUGGGUUAGUCACUCUGUUGUGGAAACAUCUAAAACAUAAACUGACUUUAAAGAGGCUGCACGCUGCAGGAAUCGGCCCUAAUUUGGUCUACAUUAAACCAUCCACUCAAACACAAUCACACUGGUGCUAACUGAUAAUGUAACUGCGAGGUCCUCUCCCUGUGCUGUUUGGAAAUCCCCCUUAAUUACAUCUGAAGGGCUUUGCAAUAAUGCAUUAAUAAUAUUGAUUAAUAACGUAAAAGGUGUAAAGAUAUCUAAUUAUUAUUCAUUUGUGGUAUAAUAAGUUAUAUUUGAAGAUUUUAUGACAUUUUCAAGUUGCUACAUCAUCCUGUAGUUGCACCGUCAUCAGUUCAGGUUUUCUGUGAUUGUAUUUCAACGUCACGUUUAAGAUUUAUGAUCACUGCUGUUCACGCCAUCUGAAUGUCCUGUCACAUGAUGACAGGAAGCUGGGAAAGGACACGAGAAAGUCUGAAAGAAAACGCGGUCGUUUUUACACCGAGAUACAAAAUGUAUAUUCUCGAUCAUCGAUGUAAAUCUUCACAGACACGUAGAGGUUUAUAAAAAAGUGAUUCUUGUUUACUACUUAAUAGUGAAACCACACUAUUGUCUGUAUAAACCGCACAGUGCUGCUGUCUGUCUGUCCGUCUGCUCUGCUUCUAGUCUGACGAUGUAAACCUGCUCUGAGUACUGAACACACCUGAGACAUCUGGAUUGUUCAGAAGCUGCUGUGAUCACGCUAUUAUUCAUAUCGCUUGAAACUAACUGCAAUAAAUCUGUCAACACAG